CCACACGAGCCUCCCACAACCUGUUAAUAUUAACCACGUUCCGACUCCCAUAUAGCAGUACAUCGUGCUGCCAUUAUAAUAUGUCGAUGUGCCACUAUCCACAGCCACAUUCAUACACUAACAAUCCAAAUAUGGCUUAAACGAAAUGUCGCCAAAACAAUUGUGCUAAUAAACUUCCACCAACAUUUCACCACAUUUAAUAUAUCAAAUGUACGUCAGUAUGACAAGACAUACAUUUCAGCCUCUUCACACAACACACACCUACAUACACACACACUAUAAUGUGCACUCAUUAGUAUACACACCCCAUUGCCUUCCCUGCCUCUCCCUCCACCUUUCCAAUUCACCUGCAACAACCGGCGUGAUACACUCACACAAAAACCAAAACUUUGCCAUCACUGACUUGCAGGUUAAAUGGUGCAUUUGUACACACAAACACCGGCUAAAUCAAUAACGUGCCACCACCCAGCCCACGACUCC